AUGGAGGUGGAUGGCAAAUCUGUGGUAGCAGGAUCUACGAAUGUUAUUUUUCUGUCGACUAUUUUGGGCCGAGAUGGGUCAACUUCUGUUCACAAAUGUGACUGGAAAUGCCAGAACGAGCAUGUCUGCGCGAAUAUGUAUUGCUGCAAGCUAACUGGACUCACUCACAUCUGUGACAAAAACUGUGACCAGAGGAUCCUGUAUGAUAACCAUAGCUCCCUUUGUCGAGCAAGCGGAAAGAUUUUCCCCCUUACACAAGCAGAGGAACAGGCUGUGAGAGGGGUCCGGAGGAAGCUUGAGUCAGAGAACUCUUCUGCGGACAGUUGUUCUUCUAAGCGCAGACGGGAUGCCCAGUUCCAUCCUUCUCCUUUCGAGAGAUCCUUCUCUACAGUCAGUCUGAUCUGCAGCAAAGUUGGAGAUGGCAUGGAUAUGAGCUAG